CGCUCUAGAGCAACUGGCGAGGUUGUGCUUCAGCCAGCUGUGGAUGAUGGGAGACAAGGAUUGGGAAGGGGUCUGCUCUGGGAGACUGUUAGUGAACCCUGUGAGGGCAGAGAGAGCUUUGAGAGCGGAGAGCCUCAUACGGACGUUGGGGGAAGGGCUAUUGGGAGGUGACUGCUCGACGUGAGGAAAGCACCUCCUACCUGCUCUGGGUUUUUUUUGGAUUUUGGGAUUGGGCUGAUAAAGCCCACCGCCUCAGACGUCUCCCCUCACUGUGCGGAGCGCACGCUGCUUCAGACGCCACCGCAGCGCAGCGGACGCGGCAGAGGAGCGCCGGAGGAGUGAAGGGCCACAUCCCCUAACAACAUGAGUUUAUCAAAGUGAGAGAGAUGACUUUGAGGUGAGAGCGAUGCAGCGCAGCGAAGGCUUUGAUUCACAUUCGGUGCCUUCACACAUCCUACUGGAGAAAGUGCGAGAGACACUUUCUGACAGGAGCAUUAUUUCACACAGCAUCUCUGCUCAUUAUCGACAGCCAAGCCGAGCCGAAUUGCACGUUACGCAACAGCACACUAAACGGAUACCAAAAAGUCUGUGCGUCUUUCAGCAAUUAACUCUCUGUGGAUGUUCCCCAGCCUCUUGAUGAGGCCUGAGACGGCCAGAGUCUUUGGAUUAGGGCUGCAUCAGAUGGAUAAAACGCUGGACAGCAAGUAAAGAUAUCAUAGGAGCGCCACUGUUCACUGUUCUGCCACGAGAGGCUUCAAAAUGAGAUGUUUUGGGAACUGAGAAAAAAAUAGGACCGGAAAAUAAAGGACUGCAGUUCUGUUUUUUUUAAUCUGUGUCUAUGAGCAGUUGCUGAUGGAGGGUUUCUACCGUAACAGCUCUGGAGACUCUCUAGAAGACUUGGAUCUCUGCCCACCCACGCUCAGCGGCACCACCUUCCUCAUCAUGGCCUACAGCGCCAUGCUGGCCGUGGGAUUGCUGGGCAACACGUGCCUGGUUGUGGUCAUCCUGCGACAGAAGGAGAUGCGCAACGUGACCAACAUCUUCAUCGCCAACCUUUCAUGUUCCGACAUCCUCAUGUCUAUCUUGUGCUUGCCCUCAACCAUCGUCUACACGCUCAUGGACACUUGGAUCCUUGGAGAGACCCUGUGCAAGCUGUCACCGUUCAUCCAGUGCUCAUCAAUCACAGUCUCCACCUUCACCAUGGUCCUCAUUGCACUGGAGAGGCACCAGCUUAUCAUACACCCGACCGGUUGGAAGCCUGCAGUUGUGCACUCGUACCUGGCCGUGGCUGUUACCUGGAUAGUGGCGUGUUUCAUCUCCCUGCCUUUACUCUCUUUUAAUGUGAUCCAUGACUUGCACAAAGACAACUUAAACCUUCCCACCAAUACAUCAGUUGAACAUAUAGUUUGUAUAGAGGAAUGGCCGUCAAGGGGGAACCGGCUUGCCUACAUGACGUCACUGUUGAUGUUUCAAUACUGUCUGCCACUGGUCCUCAUCACCAUCUGCUAUUUGCGCAUUUUUCUCCGUCUCAGUCGCCGGAAAGAUAUCAUUGAGAGGACUCGAGAUGCACGCCAAAGGAAGGCCAAGCACUCCAAGCGGAUCAAUGUCAUGCUAGCCUCCAUCGUGGCAGUGUUCGCCCUCUGCUGGUUGCCACUGAUCGUGUUCAACACCGUGUUCGACUGGAACCACGAGGCCAUGCCGGUGUGCUACAACACUGUCUUCUCGUUGUGCCACCUCACAGCCAUGGCAUCUACAUGCGUCAAUCCCAUCAUCUACGGCUUCCUUAACAACAACUUCCAGAAGGAGCUGAAGUCGUUGCUGUACCAGUGCCGCUGUUGGGGGGCGCCAGAGAACUAUGAGAGUUUCCCACUGUCCACCGUCAGCACGGACGUAACAAAGGGCUCGGUUCUUAGCAAUGGCUCUGUUAGCAUCAAUGUCUUGCAACAGCACCAAGAGAAAGAGAGCCUGGAAAUCAAUGCAUAAUAAAUAUUCGUUAGUCUGAGUUGCAAUUGACAGGUUUAUGCCCGAACAAUAAUUCAAGAUGGCUCAAUAAUGCUCAUGCACUGAACUAUGUUUUAUGCAUAGUCAUUGGCCAGCUGGUAAGUUGAGAACUGUGACUGCAUAGUGGACACUAUUACAGCUUGUGGUCACGAAAGGAAAGUUUGCAAGCACUAUGUAAAAAAAUGUAGAAUCUUUUCAGUCCCUCUUGAAAAGGAGACAAACUUUUAGCAACUUUGGUGUUUUUAAGAAAACGUUUAAUAGUGUACAAAGGCCUUAAGGUUGAAUUGCCUCGUUCCCUUUGCCUCAAUAUGUGAUCCAGUUCUAGACAUAGAGAUCGGUAAAGCGAAAGGUGAUCACCAUGUUCGUCACUUUCUAGAUCACUAGAUGCCUCCAAGGUCACAACUGUAGGUGUAGAUAAAUUGGAACCAGCAGUGUAAACAAUGACCUCGAUCUCAUUGUCUCUGUAAAUAAUAAAACAUGGCCAUUGUAAUUAGAUCACUUUAAUAUUUUAUAACAAGUAUAGGCAGAAUGAUAGACAGAUAGAAUGAUAUAGAGUUAUAAACAGUCGGAUAUCUUGCUGUAGUGACAUUUAGAAGUCAAAAAUAAGAGAGUUAGUUUCUUUAGUGAUGGUAAAUGUUAUAGGUCCUUCCAAACCUAUUGUGAUGAAUGAUGAUGUAGAUUUUUUCAAAAACGUGCACCGGCAACUUGGGCUCUUCAGGGUAUCAAGAAUUUGCCAAAAAACAGGAUGCAGUGAGGUUUUGACAGAGGAAUUGUAUAAUGUAAUGUUCCAAACAUGGAGUGCCCAGUCAUUUUUAAUGCAGUAAUGCAUACACUACUGAAGUUAUGCUUAUAGAACCCUCCUGCGAUCUACACAAUACAGGUGUUAUAUAAAAUUGCGAUAUACAGUAAUGUGCACAAGUCAGAGACCACCCUUCUUUUAUUUUCAUCAUCUAGUCAGUGUGGUUUAAUUCUAAAAAGAAAGAGGGGAUGAAUGCAAGUUUGGGGAUGUAUAACAACAUCUGAAGGUGUUAAUUAAAGGCAUCAUUAAUGCUGGAAAUACAUCAUGCUAGACCCUCUGGAAAAUGUUUGUUGUGGAGAAAAAUUCAUUCUCUAGACUGUAAAUAAAAAAAAUACAAAAAACAAAACAAAAAAAAGCCACUGAUGUUCUAAGAACAAUGGACUGACCACCCAAGAGUCCCGACCUCAACAUCUCUGAAUGUGUUUUGGGAUUUCUUGGAUUGUGAGAAGUAGAGAAUGCAACCAGCUUCCAAGACUGAAUUUGGAAGUGUGGGAAGUGGUGGAAGUGUGGAAGUGGAACAAAAUAUGCAGUUUUCUGUUAAAUAUGUUUGCUGAAAAAUGAAUAACUUGUACAUACUGGCUGUUUUGACUGGAAAUGAAAUAAUUGAAGGAUGGUCUCCAACUUUUGGGCAGUAUUGUACAUUUUGUCAAGAUCAGUUGACAAAGCACUUGUAAUGAGUUAAGGAGGGUAUUAUAAGGAAACUAUUCAAGGAAUGUAUUUGCCAAUGCCACAGUAUAGAUACAACAGUUGAAACGUAGUGGGUUUGAGUCUUUAUAGCCUAUUUGAAGAACUGUUUUUUGCGUUACUGUCCCUAUUCCAAACGCAAUAGAGUAACUGCCAGUUAUAUCAUAGUGGUAUUGAAUGUAACAUAAUGUUCUCAGUGAUAUCAUAGCCUAAAAAGCAAAGGCAUAUGGAGCUACAAAGAGUGUUUCGGUCACAUGAAGCGAGGUACUGUUUCUAAUCAUUUUAUAUACUCAGUACAGUGAACUAUAAUUUCCAUGAAUAAUUUCUAAAUCAUAAAAUGUUUCACUCAUACAGGCAGACACUGCUAUAAACCUGCUUGAUGGCUAUGUUCCAGAGUCUUUGGUUUUUAACUUAAUGAGUGAUUCUGCUCCAACUUUAUGGGAAAACAAUAUUCCAGUUCUAUUACCUUGUGGGAAAUUGCUUUGAAGUAUUUAUGUGAACGAGUAAUUUAUUCUUACUAUCUAUUUUCUGUGUUCAGUUAUUAUGUACAAAUAUUAUAUCUUUACCUGCUUUGAUCUUGCUCAGCCCCUCGGUGUGUGUGUGUGUGUGUGUGUGUGUGUGUGUGUGUGCAUACAUAUGUGUGUGUGACCUUGUACUGCUGUACUUGUGAGAACCAGGUUGUAAAAUGCGGAAAACAUGGUUUUUGCUGGCUCUCAUUAGGAAGAUUUUUAAAGUAAACAACAGCUUUUUAUUUUCUCAAUUAAAUGAGCCAAACUUUUUGUGUGCCUUUGCUUAUGUUUAAAGUUGUGCACUGGCCUCAAUGUUAUAGCCAGGCUAAAGUCCAGUUUAAGGGUCAGGGUCUGUUGGCCAGAAUGACGUGUUGCUUUGAGUUUGUGCAGUGCAGAAGAACAGAAUUCCUAAUUACCCCAUCAUUUGUUCAUAGAGCACCAACUGUGAUUGGUUCUGAUCACUGACUCAUUUGCUCUGAAAUCUCUCACUGAGUGUGACUGGUUUAAUCACCACAUUGUUCCUUCUGAAACCUCCCUCUGACUGUGACUGGUUCUAAUCCCUGUGUCAUUCAUUUGGAAAGCUUCCUGACCAUGAUUAUUUCUGAUCACCUUAUCAUUAAUUCUGAGACUCUCCCUGACCACAAUUUGUUCUAAUCCCUGUGUCAUUUGUUCUAGACCUUCCUCCUUACUGUGUCUGGUUCUAAUCGCUGCAUCAUUUGUUUUGAGGUCUCCCCGUGACUAUAAUUGGUUCUAAUAACUGUCUUAUGCGUUUUGAAAUUUUAAACUUGACUCAGAUUAGUUCUAAUCACUAUGUCAUUCAUUCUGACCCCCCUCCCGUACUGUGAUUAGUUCUAAUGACUGACUUAUUGGAUUUGAAACCUCUUCCUUACUGUGACUGGUUCUAAUCCCUGGAUUAUUCAUUCUUCAACCCCCUCCUGUCUGUGACUGUGUCACCGCAUCAUUUAUUCUGAGAGCUCCCACUGACUGUGAUUGGUUUUAAUCACUGACUUGUUUGUUCUGAAACCUCCCCCCGAGUGUGUUUGGUUCUAAUCACUGACUGAUUUGUUCUGAAAUCUAUCACUGACUGUGACUGGUUUAAUAACUAUAUCAUUCAUCCUGAAACCUCCCCCUGACUGUGACUGGUUCUAAUCCCUGUGUCAUUCAUUCUAGAACUUCCUCCUGACUGUUAUUGUUUCUAAUCCCUGCGUCAUUUAUUUGGAGACCUCCCUGACUACAGUUGUUUCUGAUCAUCAUAUCAUUCAUUCAUAGCCCUCUACCCAACUGGUUCUAAUCCCUGCAUCCUUUGUUCUGGAACCUCCUCCUGACUGUAUUUGGUUCCAGUCACUCACUCAUUUGUUCUGAUACCUCCCCCUGACUGUGAUUGGUUCUAAUUACUGACUCAUUUGGUCUGAUACCUCCUCCCGACUGUGGUUCUAAUCACUGACUCAUUUGUUCAGAGACCUCUCCCUGACUUUGAUUGGUUCUAAUCACAUCAUUCAUUCUGAAACCUCCCCUUUACUGUGACUGAUUCAAAUACCUGCGUCAUUUAUUCUAGAACCUCCUCCUGACUGUGACUGGUUCUAAUCCCUGAGUCGUUCAUUCUAGAAUCUCCUCCUGAUUGUGAUCUAAUGGUUCUAAUCCCCAUGUUAUUCAUUCUGAGACCUCCCUGACCAUGAUUGUUUCUGAUCACCAUAUCAUUCAUUCUGAGACCUCCCCCUGACUGUGUAAUAGCUGAAUUAUAUGUUCUGAGAUCUUUCCCUGACUGUGAUUGGUUUUAGUCCCUGUAUCAUUCAUUCUGAGACCUCCCCCUGACUGUGACUGGUUCUGAUUACUAUGUCAUUUGUCCUGGGACUUCUCCCCUGACUGUACCUGGACAUCAUCACAGCAUCCUUGGCCUCUCCCUGUCUCUGAUUGGUCCUAUCAAUGCAUCAUUCAUUCUGACACCUCCCCCUGACUGUGAUGGGUUCUAACCACCAUGUUGUUUGUUUUGCAAUCUCCCCUGACUGUGACUGGUUCUAAUCCCUUAGUCGUUCAUUCUAGAAUCUCCUCCUGAUUGUGAUUUAAUGGUUCUAAACCCCAUGUUAUUCAUUCUGAGACUACCCUGACCAUGAUUGUUACUGAUCACCAUAUAAUUCAUGCUGAGAUCUCCCCUUAAAUGUGAUUGGUUCUAAUCACUGAUUCAUUUGUUAUGAGACCUCCCCUGACUGUGUUUGGUUCUAAUAGCUGAUUCAUUUGUUCUCUCCCUCACUGUGAUUGGUUUUAAUCAAUGCGCCAUUCAUUCCAGAAUGUCCUUCUGACUGUGAUUGGUUUUAGUCCUGGUAAAGUCCUUUAGUAACUGGUCAUCAUCACAGCAUCCUUGGCCUCUCCCUGACUCUGAUUGGUCCUAUCAAUGCAUCAUUCAUUCUGACACCUCCUCCUGACUGUGAUGGGUUCUAACCACCAUGUUGUUUGUUCUGUGACCUCCCCUGACUGUGUUUGGUUCUAAUAGCUGAUUCAUUUGUUCUCUCCCUCACUGUGAUUGGUUUUAAUCAAUGCGCCAUUCAUUCCAGAAUGUCCUUCUGACUGUGAUUGGUUUUAGUCCCUGUAUCAUUCAUUCUGAGACCUCCCCCUGACUGUAACUGGUCAUCAUCACAGCAUCCUUUGUUCCACGACCUCUCCCUGACUCUGAUUGGUCCUAUCAAUGCAUCAUUCAUUCUCACACCUCCCCCUGACUGUGAUGGGUUCUAACCACCAUGUUGUUUGUUCUGUGACCUCCCCCUGACUGUGAUUGGUUCAAACCCAUGUGUCAUUCAUUCUAGAAUGUCCUCCUGACUGUGACUGGUUCUAAUUACUAUCUUUCAUUCGGAGACCUUCUCCUGACUGGAACUCAUUAUUAUCACAGUAACAUUGGUUCUGAGACCUUUUCCUGACUUUGAUUGGAUCUAUCGAUGCAUCAUACAUUCUGACACCUCCCCCUGACUGUGAUUGAUGAGGACAUUGAUGAUUUGGCCAACUAGAAAGUUAAACUAACCCGACCCCCUCACCCACUAAGAGAACAUACAUAUGUGUAUUUAUACUAUAUGUAACUUUUUCCAUUUUUAUUUUAGAAUUAUCGUAGUUACAAUAUUUUAUAAAAUACAUUUUUUUAAAACUCUGCAUGAUUAUGUCUUAUGAGAGCAGUUUUCGGCUUUUAAUUAGAGAUAGUCUGACUGACCGUCAUAGCGAAUAUACUAACACAAGUAAAGCAAUACAAGUAUUUGUGUGCAUGUGUUUACGGCCUUUUAGUUCAACAUAAAGAAGAUUAGAUAUUUAUGAAAUGCUGACUGUGUAAACUGAACACAUUUAGGUCUUGCAAACGUUCACACAUUCAUAUGACUUACCAUUGUUCUUAUCAGCGUAUGAUGAUUUAUCACAGACUACAUAGAAAGUCCCUGAACAUUCAUGUAUUGCUUAGUGUGGUUUUACACAGGCCACACAUAACAUGAUAUAUAGCAUAGAUACAUAAUGUGCACAAACAUAUCUUAAAAAUGACACAGUUUAUUAUUUAUGAUGCUGCGACUUCAUUUGUUCACCUGAACACAAAAGUUUGAACAUCUUUUCUUUGACUUUAUUCAGAGGUUGCUAGAAAAGAGCAUUAGUAGCAUUUUGUCAUGUAUAAACACAUUCAAAUAUCUUGUAUUUAAUCCAAACAUCAUGUUAUACAAAUAGAACUAUAUCCAUGUAAAUUAGAUCCUGACUCACUGUUUGACUCCUUCAGGUACAGAUUGGAUGUAAGUAUGUUGAAUCAACAUACUUUAUGAGUAUAAUUCAACAUGCACUGCAAUAGUGGUAGAAUAUAGCAUGUUGAAUAUAUCUUGCCAUUUUGAAUAUGCCUAAAAUUUCUUAUAAUAACCUUAUUGUAAGAUUAUUGUCAGAUGGUUCAACCCAUUUUACUCAACGUCUAAACUAGAUAUUGUGAUCCCUCGUAUGUGAGUGCUGUAUAAUAUGCUUUUUAAAGGGAAAUCCACAUAUUUUUUGUGUAUAAUUCAUUUGCUAAAAAUGGUACAAAGUCAUUCAGAGUGGUUUGAAGUGCUCUGAGCAAUCUGUCCACGGUGGUGAUAAUAGGAGCCAGAAAGUUUUUACAUGAAAUUAUUGUCAAUACUGAUGCCAGAGAUACUGUCUUACAAUAGCUUCGAGAUAAACCUUUGGACCAAAAUGUGUUAAUGGCAAUAAAGUAUGUUUAAGAGGUACUUGCAGGGAAUUAUGAAACAAAAAUUGCCAUCAAUAUUACAUAUAAAAAACUCAGAUACUUGUAGGUUAACUGGGGGUUUUGGAUAAAAAAUAAAAGAAGACAUUUGCAUUGCAGGCAUUGCAACCCCUGGUUGCUAUCCCACCUUUGUUUACAUCUCAACAACUGAAUAACAGAAUUGGAAUUCUCCUUGAUAGUAAAAUGGGGUUAUUGUAUUGUUUAUAUGUUUAUUCUUAUGUGUUUUAUAUAUUUUAUUUCAUUUUAUAUGAACACAAUUAACUCUUUAUGUAAAAGGCAAAUCAGGUUUGUUUCUCAACACUGUCCACACUGUUAUUUGCAAGUAAUCAUAUUGGAUUUGUGUGUCCAGACAUCACCAAUCUAUCUACAUUGGUUGCUGUGGUAACAACGUAGGUGACAGCAACUAUGUAGCUACGUUGGUGAUCUCACCCUUCAAACUCUUCAAAUUUCUCUGGCAUAAGCAUGAAUCUCUGAAACAGUGGUUCUUGAAUCCCAGCAAUUCCAUCAUUCUGGAUUUGACAUUGACUUUGCAAGUGAUGUAAAAGACUUUGAAAUCAGACUGAGUGGAGCAUCCAGACUAAGAUGCAUUUGUAAAAAUCAGAUUGGAAUCACACCUCAAACAGCUUCCAAUUUUAAUUCAGAUUUAAUGUGUUUUUUGCUCUUCACACUAUGAAAAAUCAAGCUGGUAUCAAGAUACAAUCUAUAUACACCUAAAAUCGGGCUUGGGCUAACAGCCUGAACAAGGCCUUGCAACCAAAGUGACGAUGAUAAAGUGAAUUUCAACAGCUCAGUGGGAAUGGAUCUAAAUAUGUUUGUUUAAAUAAGCCAAUGUAGUGUAGUUUUGCUUUGUGCACAGAAAAUGAGCAAUGAUCUGUAGAGAAAGCAUUGAAAUAAUUGAAGUUCGCAGAUGAUUUUACUUCCUUUAACCUCUUCAAUGACCAGAGGACCACCACUGGGCCCAAAGUUUUAUAGCACACGUCUAUAGCCUAAGAGUAGUUCAACCAGUUUGCAAUGAAGUCCCUGUAGUUACUUAAUAAAUGGCCUUUAAAAAUCAUUUCCCAAAACAGGCAAAAUAUGCCAGUGCAUUAAGAAAAAUAUGUAAGUAAAAUAUCGAGAAAUAGGUAAACUUACAAUAAUCACAUUAUAAGAAAUUUUAGAUAUGUUGCCUGUAUGUUUGCCGAGAUAUCAUUUUUGAUGUGUGGAAGUAGGACACAUGAAAUUAAUGUAUCUACUAAUCAGUGCAGUUAACUGUUGAUUCACUAUUGCUAGAAACAGUUUUCAGUAUCAUUGUGUUAUGUAUCAUGUAUCAGCCAAGGCUAGUGGGAAGGCCUUAUUACGUAGGCCUCGUAGUCUCUGCCAGAAAACAUUCCCAAUAUUGUACAUAUGAAAAGACACAUUUUUGUAAUACUGUCUUGUGUUGAUGGUUUGGAUUCUUGAAUGUGCUUCAGUGUAUAUUAAAAUGGUUCCAACCUUGACUGUGA